AUGACUUUUAACAGUUUUGAAGGAUCUAAAACUUGUGUACCUGCAGACAUCAAUAAGGACGAAGAAUUUGUAGACGAGUGUAAUAGAUUAAAAACUUUUGCUAAUUUUUCAAGUAGUAGUCCUGUUUCAGCAUCAACCCUCGCACGAGCUGGUUUUCUGUAUACUGGUGAAGGCAGACACCGUGCGGUGCUGUAUUGUCACGCAGCAGUAGGUAGAUGGCAAUAUGGAGACUCAGCUGUUGGAAGACACAGGGAGGUAUCCCCAAAUUGCAGAUUUAUCAAUGGCUUUUAUUUUGAAAACAAUGCUGCGCAACCUACAAAUCCUGGUGUCCAAAAUGGUCAGUACAGAGCUGGGAAUGGUCUGGGAAACAGAAAUCAUUUUGUUUUAGACAGGCCAUCUGAGACUCAUGCAGACUAUCUUUUGAGAACUGGACAGGUUGUAGGUAUGUCAGACACAAUAUACCCAAGGAACCCUGCCAUGUGUAGUGAAGAAGCUAGAUUAAAGUCAUUUCAGAACUGGCCAGAAUAUGCUCCCUUAACCCCAAGAGAGUUAGUUAGUGCUGGGCUCUACUACACGGGUAUUGAUGAUCAAGUGCAGUGCUUUUGUUGUGGUGGAAAACUGAAAAAUUGGGAAGCUGGUGAUUGGGCAUGGUCAGAACACAGGUGACACUUUCCUAAUUGCUUCUUCGUUUUGGGCCGGAAUAUUACUAUUCGAAGUGAAUCUGAUGUCAUGAGCUCUGGUAGGAAUUUCUCCAAUUCAACGAAUCCUCCAAGAAAUCCAGCCAUGGCAGAUUAUGAAGCACGGAUCAUUACUUUUGGGACGUGGACAUACUCAGUUAACAAGGAGCAGCUAGCCAGAGCUGGAUUUUGUGCUUUAGGUGAAGGUGAGAAAGUAAAGUGCUUUCGCUGUGGAGGAGGGCUAACUGAUUGGAAGCCCAGUGAAGAUCCUUGGGAACAACAUGCUAAGUGGUAUCCAGGGUGUAAGUAUCUGUUAGAAGAGAAGGGACAGGAGUGUAUAAACAAUAUUCAUUUAACCCAUUCACUUGAGGAGUCUAUGGGAAGAACUGCUGAAAAAACACGACUAACUAAAAUAAUUGAUGAUAACAUCUAUGAAAAUCCUAUGGUACAUGAAGCUGUAUGAAUGGGGUUCAGAUUCAGGGACAUUAAGAAAAUAAUGAUGGAAAGAAUUCAGAAAUCUGGGAGCAACUAUAAAUCUGUCGAGGUUCUGGUUGCAGAUCUAGUGAAUGCUCAGAAAGACAAUACACAAGAUGAAUCAAGUCAGACUUCAUUGCAGAAAGAGAUGAGUACUGAAGAGGAACUAAGGCUCCUGCAAGAAGAGAAGCUUUGCAAAAUCUGUAUGGAUAGAAAUAUUGCUGUCGUGUUUAUUCCUUGUGGACAACUGGUCACUUGUAAACAAUGUGCUGAAGCAGUUGAUAAAUGUCCCAUGUGCUACAAAGUCAUUACUUUCAAGCAAAAAAUUUUCAUGUCUUAA